AGAGAGAGAGAGAGAGAGGGCGUCGAAGACAAAGAGGAGCAGAAGAAUUCGGUGGGCGUUAGGGCAUUUGAUCGAAAAUGGCGUUGCAGUGGAUGCUAUUGGCUUAUACGGUGGCAGUGGAGGCUGCCAUCGCCAUUUUUCUGACGCUUCCUUCACCGAAGCUACUGAAGAAACGAUUUGUCUCUUUGAUUUCACUCAUUCUACAACCUGCACUCUUCGUUGUGCCCUUCGCGGGCUUUCAGAUUCUAGAUAUCUACUGGAAGAAUGAGCAUCGGUUGAUGUGCACUUCUGAGAUCUGUACCGCUGCUGAAAGAGAUCGAUAUGAGAAAUCUAUCUAUAAAGCUCAGAGGAACGUGAUACUAUGUGUUUCUGCAUGCCUUCUUUACUGGUGUAUCUAUCGCAUUUGCAAGUAUCACAAAGACAUCGAAAGCUUGGAGGACGUAGAAAAGAGAUACAAAGAUCAGUAGAUAAGAUUGCAGGAAAUGUGAAAUCCUGUUAUAAGUGGUAAUGGUUUUUUCGUCACGGCUGUGUGUUCUCAAUACUCAGAAUCUUUCUUUUGUACCUGUAUGAGAAGUACAACUUUAUUAGAACCAUAAUUUUGUUGUUUUAGCUUUGGUCAAAUAUGAAGUUAUCUAUGAAACUCUUUUUCUGCGUUUUACUA